AUGGUGCGGGUGAAGCACAACGGCAACCGGUGCGAAGGCUGCGGCUUCUGGCCGGCGAAGCCUGCCUACGCGACCUGCCCGCGCUGCGACGAUCGCGUCCUUUUGUGUGGUAAGGACUGCCAGGUCGCGUGGUGGAAACACCACAAGUCCAUCUGCGAGGUGCGCCGCGCGCCCGCGGCGCCGGCGACCGGCGCGGCCGACGCGCUCGGGAGGCUCGACGCGCUCGGCGAGGACGUCGCAGAGGCCGUGUUCCUCGUCCUGGGACCCGCGGCGUUCGCCCGGCUGGCCGCGACGUGCCGGGCCGGGCGCCGGCUCGCGCGGCCGGCGCGCCGCUGCGCGUACGGCGUCGCGGUGCCUCCCUGGCAGCACGAGGAGAUGGACGGGGACAAUUUCCCCCGCAUCGUCCAGCCCUGCGGCGACGGGUUCGAGCCGAAGGACUUCGAUCUCCACCUGCUGGCGCGGUGCCGGACCUUCGUGACGCGCAGGCACCGCUACCGGCCGCGCCCGGAGGACUACGCCCAUUCGAAGGUCCUCGAGGACCGCGCGUCCGCGCUCGCGCGGACCCACUGCCAGGCGUGCGGGACGAAGGAGAUGUGGCGCUACCGCGCGUCGCUCUGCCGCGUGCGCGUGCGCAAGGCGGGACGGCCCUGGGGCGUGUCGGAAGUCCCGGCCCCGGGGCGGGAGCACCUGGUCUUCGUCCCGCGGGUGCCUCGCGCGUACGAGAGCUCGCGGCGCUCGGAGGACUUCGCUUUGGCCUUCUCGGCCCUCGACAUCCGCGACGACAAGCCCGCCGCGUACCAGGCCAUGUUCCGCUCGCUGCCGUUCGCGCCCGAGCGGCGGACGCGCGACGGCGACUCCGCCGACGAUCCCAUCUUCGGCGAGCUCCGAGGCAUCUUCGGGGACAUCUCGGGCGACUCGGGCCCCUGCUACUCGUACGGCCAGGACGGCUGGCGGCUGCCCCCCGGGACGAAAGGCGGCGAUUUCGUCGAGGAGACCGUCUACAAGGGCUGCGGCGCCGCCGUGCGCUGCAACUACUGCGCCAGAUACCCCGACGGCUGCCCGGCCGUCGCAACGCACCCCAGAGCGAUGCUCGCGCUCGCCGUGGUGCUCGCGCCCGCGGCGGCCCUGCGCGCGCCCAUCACUCAGCUCAAGCAGGGUCCGCGCCGCGCGCUGCGCCGCGCCGCCGCCGCCGGGCCGCCGGCGUCGCGCGCGGAGGACCUCGUGGCCAACGCCGGGGACCUGCGGCUCUUCACGCCGCUGGGCCCGCGGAAGCCCGCGGCGCCGCUCGACGGCGACGCCCUCGCGGCGAACGCGCUGUCGGGCUUCGCGGCGAUGAUCCCCGAGGCCGUGGCGUUCGCGUUCGUGGCGGGCGUGUCGCCGAUCGUCGGCCUCCAGACCACGGCGGUGUUGGGCUUCGUCGCCGCGGCCUUUGGGGGACGGGGCGGCAUGACGAGCGGCGCGUCCGGCGCCUGCGCUGUCGUCGUCGCGGGCCUCGUGCGCGAGCACGGCGCGGGCUACCUCCCGGGGUGCGUCGUCCUCGCGGGUUUCGCGCAAGCGUUCCUGGGGCUCGUCGGCGCGGGCAAGUUCAUCCGCAUGGUGCCCCAUCCCGUCAUGCUGGGCUUCGUCAACGGGUUGGCGGUGGUCAUGCUGAGCGCGCAGCUGACGCACUUCCGCGCGCCGCUCGCGCUGGGCCUCCGGUCGCCCGAGUUCCUGACGAUGGCCGGGCUGACCGCGGCGACGAUGGCGCUCGUGACCGUCGUGCCGCGGGUGACGCGGCGCGUGCCGCCGUCGCUCGCCGCCGUCGCGGCCGUCACCCUGGCGACCAGAAUCCUCCAUUUGCCCGCGACGACGCUCGUCGACCUCGCGGGGCCGGCCGCGUUCGCCGGCGGGGUCGGCGUGCUCCCGGCGCUCUCGCCGACGUUCGCGGUUUUGGCGCUCGCGCCGUGGAGCUUCUUGUGCACCGUCGCGCCCUACGCGGCCACGAUGGCCGUCGUCGGCAUCGUCGAAUCGCUGCUGACGAUGCAGCUCGUCGACGGCCUCGCGGACGACGGCACGCGCGGGUCGACGCGCCAGGAGUGCGUCGGCCAGGGGCUGGGGAACCUGGCCUCGGGGCUCUUGGGCGGCCAGGGCGGCUGCGCGCUGAUCGGGCAGUCGCUCAUCAACGUCCAGUCCGGCGGCACUUCCCGCCUCUCGGGCAUGGCCAUGGCGGCCUUCCUCGCGCUGGGCCUCGUGUUCGGGGCGCCGCUCCUCGGGGGCGUGCCCGUCGCGUCCCUCGUCGGCGUCAUGCUCCUCGUGCCGCGCGUCGACCUCUUCGUCGUCGCGCUCGUGUCGCUCGUCACCGUGUGCCGCGACCUCGCCCAGGCCGUCGGCGCGGGCGUCGUCGUGUCGGCGCUGGCCUUCGCCUGGGAGCAGUCGAAGCGGAUCCGCGCGGACGCGGCCGUCGGCGGCGACGGCCGCAAGACCUACGCGCUCCGCGGGCCCCUCUUCUUCGGCUCGUCGACGGCCUUCCGCGAGCUCUUCGCGCCGUCCGACGACCCGACCGACGUCGUCCUCGACUUCUCCGGCAGCCGCGUGCUCGACCACAGCGCCCUCGAGGCCAUCAACGACGUCGCGGCGCGGUACGCGGCCCUCGGCAAGACGCUCCGCCUCCGCCGCCUGUCGCCGGACUGCUACCAGCUCCUCGCGGCGCGCAACGGCGCCUGGUCCGCGCUCGUCCUCGAGGCCGACGCGGACUCGGACCCCAUCUACGAGGUCGCCGUGGACUACUCGAAGAAGGGCGCGAUAGUGCCGCCGAAGCCGCCGAAGCCGACGACGCGCGACCGCCCGACGGGCGCGGGCUUCAGCGAGGCCGGCUAA